AUGUUUCGGAAGGAGUUUCAUCUCCUGACAAGAACUCUACAAAUCAUGACCCCUACCUUUUCCACGAUUGUUGCGCCCAUCCUUGCGGUUGCCGGUAGCGCUCUGGCCUUGCCUUCCAAUGUGUCCCCGGUAGACGUAUCGCCCUUAGAGAAGAGAUUCGACCUCACUUGCCAGGACAACGGAGGCGGAUACCGUCCCGUCGGCGAGGUGCAAGCCUGCGUGAACUAUCUGUUCAACAAAGGCGCAACGCACUGUGUCGUGGAUGGCAACAAUGUUAUCUUCUGCCGUGCUGUGAACACUGUGAUUACUGGUGCAACAUCAGUGGUGGGCCAAGCACAAGCUUCCAUUGCAGUGUCGAUGUUGCCUGGGGUGCGCAGGAUAUCAUCAAUGCGUGCACUACUCCAGAUGGCGGGGUGGGAGGUGCUGCUGCUGCCCGUGGCAAUGGGGGCCUUGUUGUGGCAAUCAACUGGGGCUGAGGAAUUCACUGUCGUAGGGGCUCUGAGGGAUGUCGGCCAUUGA